AUGAUAAAAGUUGCAGCCAAGGAGGGGAAGAAAUCCCUGCAGAAGAAUUUUGAGUCUCUUCUCGAAACCCUUCUUCAGUACAUCAGCCAAAUCUCCAUUGUUGUGGACAGGCACCAGAACAAACCCACAUCUCGUUUCUGGAAGGCCUACUUGCACAAGGCUUAUGACAUGAUCGAUAAGAUCACAUGCCUGCUGCCGGACCACAUGUUCGUGGAGGUGACAUCGGGGCUGCUGAAACACAGCCUGCCCACUGUCCAGCGGAAGGCCAUGGAGCUCCUCAACUCCCGUCUCCAGCAGGUCAAGGACGUAGUGGACAAGGAACAGGAGAACAUUCUGCUGGUGCUGGUUGAUGAACUGUCAGCCAUAGUGAAACAAACAACUCUCGACUCGGAUGACCUUGAGGAGACAGGGGUCAAUGGCCAGACGGCUCUCUACAGCCUGAAGGUGUUGUGUCGUCUGCUGGGCCAUAAACACCCCGAUAGGUUUAUCAAGGUACUGCAGCUCACCUGCAAGGUACUCACCAAGAGGAAGGACAGCCCUAAUGUGUUGGCAUGUGCCCUGCUAUGUGUUGGGGAGAUCUCGGCUGACCUCAAGGUCCAUGUCAUCCCUCACCUGCCGACUUUCAUGCCCAAACUCCUCAAGAUCCUGGGCCGCACUGAGGAACUGACUGGGAAUGAGCUGCUGCUGCAGAGUUGUGUGACAGUCAUCAGCAAGGUGGUGGAGAAUCUGCCAGACUUCCUCAGCCCCCCCUACAUCCUGGACAUCACCAAACAUUACUGCCUCCUGUCUGGAGGGGAGUCUCCUCAGAAGCCUCAAGUUCAGCAGCGUCUUCUCGCCAUUCGUCAUGCGAUGGCCACAGUCCUUCCAACACGUGUCAUCCUUCCAACCAUCGUGUCAUGUUACACGAACCUGGUGGAAGAACACCAAGAAUGUCUGGAGUGUAUCAUGUCUCUGCUGGAGGCCCACAUCAAGGAGAUGAACCGGGAGAACCUCGCCAGCUUCCACAACGACAUCCUGGCCUUCUUCUUCACCUGUCUUGACUUCAGGACCAACCAUCCCAAGGAAUCACUGUCCAGGAUAAACCAGAUUGAGGACUCUGUGAUCAGCACGGUAAUCUGCAUGGUGAUGAAGAUGUCUGAGGCAACUUUUAGACCCAUGCUCUUCAAGGUGUUUGACUGGGCAACCCGACAAGACGACAUGAAGUCACGGGUUCUGGUGUUCUACAGACUGGCAGACAGACUGGCGGACAAGUUGAAGAGUCUGUUCACACUGUUUGCUGGUUACAUUGUGAAGCAUGCUGGGGAGGUCUUGGACCAGAACAACACUAGUAAAGGAGAUGGCAGGUACUUCGGUAAGAGCAAGCGGUCCCGGAAGAUGUCUACCCAGCUGUUGUCCUGUGUCCUGGAUACACUAUACAAGUGCUUCCUGUACGACAGUGAUGGCUUUGUGUCCGUCGAGAGGUUUGAAACACUCAUGCAGCCAAUUGUUGACCAGAUUGAGAACACCCAGGGAGAUGAGGAGACAUACAAGAGUCGAGUUUCUCAGAAUCUGGUUCGGUGUAUUGGUCAGUUUGCAGUGGCAGCUAGAGAUGACUCCCACUGGAACACCAUGAACUACCAGAUCCUUCUCAAGACAAGGAACCCCUCCCCACAGGUCAAGUUUGCUGCCCUGGAUGUGAUAGAAGAGUUCCACAAGAAGCUCCUGGAUGACUUCUUGCCACUACUGCCGGAGACCAUUCCUUUCCUAGCUGAACUAAUGGAGGAUGAAAAUGAAGAAGUUGAGAAGCGCUGCCAGACUGUCAUAGCGGACAUGGAGAGGACCCUGGGAGAACCCUUACAGAAAUACUUCUAACUGGACUGGAGCAUGUCUACUUGUUCAACAUCAGCAGCCUUAGGCAAUAAACAAUGAUAAAA